AUGUUUGGGGAGAAUAAGUUGACCCUCUGGGUGAUGACAGGGCUGCUGGCCGUCACCACUGUCUUCUUUAAUGCUUAUAUCAUCUUGGCAAGUUUUUUUAGCUAUAAGCAGAAAAAGCACUGGUGUCCUAGUGACAUCAUCAACAUUGCUCUGUCGGCAGCCGACGUGGCUCACCAGUUGGUGUGUUACUUCUGGAUGACAAUGGAUGAAGUGGACAGCGAGUGCUACAUCGCAGAGAUGCCCUACGAUGUCAUGCUGCUGAUUAUCUUCAGUCUCAAGUUUACCAUCAUGUGGGACACCAGCUUCCUCACUUUCUUCUAUAGCACCAAGCUGGUGAGCACACCUAAUCAUUGCUACACACAGAUCCAGGCCGCCAUCCUCAAGCAUGUGACCUUAGCCGUUUUUGUCAUCCCUCUGUGCGGCCUGGCCACCUCCAUGCCGAUGCUUGUAGUGUUUAAUGCUGCCAACCACACCAAAGUGAGCAGAGACUGUAAGCUGUUACUGCUGAACACACACCCUGGCCAGGUUUAUGGAGUCAUUUACCUGCUCCUGGCUGAUGUACUGCCAGGGGUGCUCAUGGUGAAAUGCUGCAUCUCCAUCUCCUACCACCUGAACAUCCAUCUCCGCCACAUGAAAGCCAUCACCAACGGAGCCCACUGCCCAAAGCUGGGUUCCCAGAUGAGGGUGAUCCGGAUGGCUUUAUCUCUAGUGGCUGUCUUUGCCCUCUUCCUUGCGAUCGACCUGUACGUACACUACUACAUUAUUGCAAACCUUGAGAAUGAGAUUGUGCUCACGUUCUUCUUCAUGUCCGUCUACACAACUGUCACCGCCAUGCUGUUGAUCUAUGGGAAAAAGACUCUCUCAAAAGCUCUUAUACACGACGUCAAUGUCUGCCUGGAUGAAUAUCCAUAUUUGUCUUGUCUGAAGCUGCCUGAACACAAAACUAAACCCAGCAUUCAUGCACAAGUUAAACACUGA